AUGUCGACCAUGUCGACUCGCUCCGCCUGGCGGGCUCUGCACUACAGCGCAAAGCGCCGUGCCUUCCAGCCCACCACCUCCUACCGCUGCUUCUCCUGCACCCGCGCCGCCCAGGACCAAAGCAAGCAGGACCGGGAACGCAUGACACACUUCGGCUUCACCAAUGUGCCGGAGUCAGACAAGGAGUCACGAGUCGGCGCAGUCUUCAGCUCCGUCGCCUCCUCCUACGACACAAUGAACGACCUCAUGUCCCUGGGAAUCCACCGCCUCUGGAAAGACCACUUCGUCCGCUCCCUCAACCCCGGCUCCCCGCUCAGCGCUCGCAUUAACAACCCCAACCAAAAAGGCUGGAACAUCCUCGAUAUCGCCGGCGGGACCGGUGAUAUCGCAUUCCGCAUGCUCGACCACGCCACGAACAUUAACCACGAUAUCGAGACCCGCGUGACGAUCAGCGACAUCAAUGCCGAUAUGCUAGCCGAGGGCCGCAAGCGGUCCAUCGACACACCCUACUACAACACUCCCCGGUUGUCCUUUGUGGAGGCGAACGCCCAGUCCAUGCCGCACAUUCCGUCCAACUCCAUUGACCUGUACACUGUUGUGUUUGGAAUCCGCAAUUUCACGGAUAAGCAGGCUGCGCUGGAUGAGGCGUACCGUGUGCUUAAGCCGGGCGGUGUGUUCGCUUGCAUGGAGUUUAGCAAGGUUGAUAACCCUGUCUUUGAUGCGGUGUACAAGAGGUGGAACUUUAGUGCUAUUCCCUUGAUUGGGCAGCUUGUUGCUGGUGAUCGGGAUAGCUACCAGUACCUUGUUGAGAGUAUUGAGCAAUUUCCCAGCCAGGAUGAGUUCCGCGGCAUGAUUCAGAAGGCUGGAUUCAUGAUUCCUGGACGUGGAUACGAGAACCUGACUGGUGGUAUUGCCGCUAUCCACAAGGGUAUUAAGCCUAUCCAGGCUUAA